UCCGUGUAGUUCGUCUGGCGGGAAUUUUUUUCACCCACUUUAUGGUCCCAUCUCAGUGACCGUAAACCAUUGGGUUGCAUGUGCAUCAGGGUAUGAUGCGCGUGGGGGUUGAAAUCGAAGGAUACACCACCACGUUAUAGAUCAUAUGCUGGUGCAUCAGCCCAAAGUCGAACGCAAUGGGUGACGAGGUGGACAUCUACUCCGACCUGCAGAAUGAGGAGGCUUCCAGUUCAACUCGUCCGUCUGUGGAUGCCGCCACAGAGCUGGAUCUUCUGGACGCGUGUGUCAUUCCCAGACAACCUACCCCUGUUAAGGCAAGAAAAACUCUCACUUCGUCGCAUUCAACGCCUGCAGGGACCGUAACUCGUGCCUUAGAGUUGUCCUCAGAAAAAGCGAAAUUUCAGGGCUUAGAGGAGCAGAAUGUCAAGCCAGAACAGCCUGAAGGUGUGUGCUUAGAAAAGGAGGUAGCUGAUUUGAGAAACCAGAAUUCCCUUCUGAAGCACAACAUAUCAGUCUUGUAUGUGACGGCGAAGCACAUCCUGGCUGCCAAGGACAAGGAGAUUGCUACUUUACGAACGAAGUUGGACAACUUAAUCUUCAGGAGAAACAACCGAGGCAGCAAAAGCAGCACAGACCAAUUCCAACCUGCAAAUGCGACCAUAUCAAAUCCAGUGUCGACUCAGUGCAUCUUAAAAGAUAAUCCUGCAGGAAAAGCCAGCACACAAAUCGAUGCAGAAGAAAGAACGCAUGAAAUGUCAUUAGGUCUCCAGUGCCUUUACGAACUCAGCAGGGUUCCGCCAUUGAAACGUGUGGAACUCGACGACGUCAGGCGUUUGCCACACCACAACUCCGAACUAAAGCAGAGAGACACGAAACAGAACCAUGUCAGAGCAGGCGGUGAUAAUCCCAGUAAAGAGUUGCUAGUGAGUACAAGAAUUUCAAAGUCUUCAGCAACGAGAAACUCUUCACCCAUUCGCAACGAGAGGUACCCACCAGUUCGCAGAAGUGUAGAAUGCAGGCAGACAGAAGAAAACACAAGGUUGCGUGCUGUUGUCCAGAAAAGGAAGAGGUUGAGGUCACCGACAGAACCUUGCCCGAAAAAAAUUGGAAGGUCAGACCAUGCCCCACGAGGAAACCGUGCAGGCCACUCCUCUGCAAAAGAGACAGAGCACGCUUUCCAAGAACCACACCGUGUAGACCACACCACUGUCAGAUUGAGACAGACAGACCAUCGUCCUGACCGCUCUUCCGUCAAGUUAAAAGAGACAGACCAUGCAUCUCGUGAACACAGUGCAGACCUCCCUUUAAAAUUGAGAGGGACAGACCACUUCUCUCGAGAGCACCGUGCAGACCACUCUUCUGUCAAAUUGAGAGAGACCGACCACGUCUCUCGAGAACUCCGUCCUGACCACUCCUGUGUCAAACUGAAAGAGACAGGCCAUGCCUCUCAAGAACAACACCGCGCAGACCACUCUUCCGCGAAAUUAAAAGAUACGGACCAUGUUUCUAGAGAAAACUAUACCGUCCACCCUUCUGUUGUGCCGAGAGAGAAAGUGCACGGAGAUAAAGUGUGCAGGUUACGGAAUGGACACAUACCAAAGACGCUGGAAGUGAGUAGUUCAUCUCCGUUGCGAGACGGCACGAAGAAAAUUUCUGCGAGGAGUAGCUCCAUUAAAUCACUAUCGGAAAAGAGCUGUUCAUUGGAUGACUCCGCAAAUGCGGAUUUGACGUCCCGCAUACAGCCCAGCACGAGGCAGGGCUCUGCCUCUAAGUGCGUAGCGAAUGGUUAUAAAAGGAAUGGAUGUUCAGUAUCGCCUUUGCACAAGUCGCGCAGGACAUCACUGAGGUCUGUCGCAUCUACAAAAUACCUGCAUCGCGGAACUUCAAGCGAUCGCUCCCGACUGUCCUGUCCAUUGCGAAGCCUAGAUCGAGAGAGAAGCAGGCAUCCGACGAAUACGAGGGAAAGGGUUGUUCGAAGGGGUGAGGAAAGCAGGACAGAGAAAGGACACCAGGCGGGAAUCAAGUGUACGGCCGAAGACAGCAUGAAAGGUGCAGACCAGCUAGAGGGCAGAAAUGGAUUACGCGAAACCAAAGAAUCCCCUAAGCUCUUAACGAAACGAACGUCUGUAGAAAAAGAUGCGGAAGGCACAUCGUCGGGCAUUGAAAGAGAUCUCGAAGAAGGUGAACUGGUGAGUGACUGACGGAAGCCUGCGUGGGUGGAGCUGGAAGUUUGAGAACUGCGUAAGAUUUGAACAAAUUGUGUAACGAGUCUUCAGUUUUAUUGCAUUGUACAUACGUAUAAUAUGAAAUUGAAAUGUAUUUAAGGAUAAUAUAUCAGUAUGGCACCGACA